AUGGGUCUCGCAUCCAAGCUCGCCGCUGCCGGCCCUGCGCCUGGAGGCCCGCCACCCGCCAACUAUGGUCCGCCCGGCGGCCAGCAGCCUGGCGCAUACCCCGGCGCGCAGUCGUACCAACCCUACAACCCCGGCGCCCCCGGCGGUGCUCCUCCUCAAGCAUACCGAGGUGCCUACGGCGCGCCGCAGCACCCGCCGUACCCACAGCAGCCGCCGCAGCCUGGAUACAAUCCUAACGCCUACACGCCACAGUCCCCCGCCCAGCCCUAUCAAGGCUACGGCUCUCCGCCCCCAGCUUCACCUUACACCCAACCUCCGCCUCAAUCUCCUUUCGGCCAGCAGCCGCCAACGCCGUUUGGUCAGCAACAAGGCGGCUACAACCGGCCACCCCCUCCUCCCCCGCCAUCUAGCCGCCCUGGACUUGCAUCUGCUGCUACUGGCAACGCGCCCACACCGCAGCCGGGCUAUGGACAGCAACAGCCACCCCCGCAAUCCUACGGACAGCCACCGCAACCUUAUGGCCAACCCCCACAACAAUAUGGCCAACCCCCACAACAAUAUGGGCAGUCCCCGCAACCAUACGGACAACCUCAGCAGCCAUUCGGACAGCAGCAGCAGCAACAACAACAACCAUACGGGCAACAACCAUACGGCCAGCAGAUGGCUUCUCCAGCAUACGGACAACCACAAUACAACCAGGGCCCGGGCUAUGGUGGAUAUGGCGGUCCCCCUCCCGGUCAGCCUCAGUACGGCGCCCCUCCUCAGGGUGGUAUGCCUCCGCAAGGCCCGCCGAACCCCGCGCAGAUUCAGGGCUACAAGCAGACCCUCAUGAGCGCCGUCCAGGAGAACAACCUCCAAAACUUCUACCCGCCCAACUCGCCUGCUCUCGAACAGAUUGCUCAACGUGCUCCCCAGCAGAUUGCCCAGCUUUGCCAGCGCUGGCGCCUGCCCCAGGAGAUUGGCAACGAUGUUGUCAAACUCGGCUUGUUCGAUAUCAUCCUCUACAUCGACGACUCCGGCUCCAUGCAGUUCGAAGAGAACGGCGAGCGCAUCAAGGACCUGAGGCUCAUCCUGGAGCGCGUUUCUUAUGCUGCUACGCUGUUCGACGAUGAUGGAAUUUCUGUCCGCUUCAUGAACUCUCUCCCUCCGCCGCAGGUUACCGAGCACAUCAAGACUGAGCAGCAGAUCGAGCAGCUCAUGUCUCAGAUUCAGUUCAAGGGCCUCACUCCCAUGGGUUCGCACUUGAAGGAGCGUGUCCUGGAUGAGAUUGUCCGCAACGCGCGUGGUGGCCAACUUCGCAAACCUGUGCUCGUCAUUACCAUCACUGACGGCCAGCCUGCUGGCGAACCCCAGAACGCCGUUUUCGAGGCCAUCAGGAAUGUGACCUCCGAGCUCAGCCGUAUGCCCCAGUAUGGGCCGGGUGCGGUUCAGUUCCAGUUCGCUCAGGUUGGCAACGACGAGAAGGCCCGUGAAUUCUUGUCGAAGCUUGACCAGGAUCCCCAGGUUGGUUCGCUGGUUGACUGCACAUCCAACUACGAGAACGAGUCAGCGGAGAUGGCUAGGUCCAACCCUCCUGUCGACCUGACUCCUGAGCUUUGGCUUGUGAAGCUCCUGCUUGGUGCUAUUGACAACUCCUACGACCGCAAGGAUGAGAAGAGCAGUGGUGGUCAUCCACCAGGCGGCUAUGGAGGUCCUCCCGGUGGGCAGUAUGGCGGUCCUCCCCAAGGCUACGGUGGCCCGCCUCCUGGCCAGUACGGUCAGCCUCCUCAGGGCUACCCUCCGCAGGGCGGCUAUGGUGGCCCGCCUCCCGGCCAGUACGGUGCUCCUCCGCCUGGCCAGGGCGGUUACGGCCGUCCGCCGCAGGGCCCGCCGCCGGGCCAAGGUGGCUACCCUCCCAGGUACUAA